AUGGGGUCUUUCUUUGCCAGAACGCUUGGUUCCUGUGUUGGAGUCCAGAAUGGCGCAGAAUGGAAGAACACGCGAUCACAUCUAGACCCUCAUUUCUCCUUUACAUCAGCAAAUUCAGUUGUUGCAACAACCAAAAGUGCCAUCAAGACCUGGGCUGAGACACUUCCCCGGGAGGUAAACACUGGUGUGUCUGGGCCUUUUGAACUUGACGCAAUAGUUGCUUGCCGCCAGCUGCCUUUUCGGCUAAUUGCCAUGGCGCUGUACGGCGAAGUCUUUUCAGAAGAGCUAUUUGGGCGACUUUGGGACCUAAAUACGCUGCACGAGGAAGUGACAUUUGUCACAUUCUUGAGUCCAGCAGCCAAGAACUGGUGGUAUCCCUGGCUACCAACAAAAGCCAAUGCGACCUUGAGGAAGUUCAACAAAUUAUGGGAAGAACUGAACCUAGAUGCAGUGGCUCUUGCAAGAGAGAGGGGAAUUUCAAUUCCUUUGGAAGGAAUGUACCGGGCCGUUGAGAAUGGCAACAUUGAUAUGACUAGUUUCCUGCAAUCUCUUGAUGAAAUUAUCUUCACGAACAUCGACAUCACUUCUACCAUUUUCGCGUACUGCCUGAUAAAUCUGGCGGGUCACCCCGAUGAACAAACUGAUCUCCGAAAUGAGAUUUUAUCUAAGGAAAAAGACAUCGAUACGCUGGAUCGCUAUCUGAAAGAUGAAAAUACACAGCUUCAUCACGUCUACCUGGAACUUCUUCGCAACAACCCUCCUGCUUGGUUUUCCCUUCCUGAGAUGACCGCAAAGAAUAAAUAUAUCGGAGGAUACCUCAUCCCAGCCGCCACACCUGUGAUCAUUGAUGUACGCCGUCUGAAUCAAGACUCUCCGAUUUGGGCUCCAGAUGGGAAAUCUUUCCGACCGCGCCGCUGGGAUUCCGUCUCUCGAUUGGAUGCACGGUACAGUCUGCAUGGGUAUGGACUUGGACCACGAAAAUGCCUUGGAAAGAAUUUCGCAUCUAUAAUGAUAAAGUUGUUUGUCAUCACGGUGUUGGAGAAUUACCAGCUAGGUGGGGCCUUGGACACCAAGCUUCGGCCAGAUACAUGGACUCGUGUCCCGGAAUCCGUUGUUUCAUUUGAACAGCUGUCAUAG